ACUGACAAGAGUGAAAUGGAGGGCUCUUUGAAAAGGAAACCCUGGAAGACUUGUACAUGUAGCAGCUUUCACAGUUCGCAUCACAGGUGCCCUCGCCCCUCAUCCUCCGACCACCGCCGUCCCGCGACCCCGCCGCCGUACCGAGAGAGAGAUAGAAAGAUGAGUGGAGCAUUUUGGGGAACGCGGGUUAUGGAGAUUGUGAAGAAGCACGAUUCUGGAGGUCUCGUUUGGAAGAGAAUCAAGCUCACUACCACCCGCAAAGCCAAUGCUAAGAAGCGUCUCCUCCGCGUUUGGCAGAAUGAAGCUGUCUUGAAGGCAACUUCUCAAUCACCUCCUUCAAUGAGUUCUUCUUUCAGUGCCGACGAAGCUAUCGACAAUGCUACAAAGAGUAAUUAAGUUGAAAGGCAUGUUUUUUUUCUCCAUGAUAUUAGGCCCAUCUGAUAUUUGUUUUGAUUGUAUUUUGGGUUCUCAUUUCUCUGUUGUAGACUGUUGUCAAAUGAGUAACCUGUUUUUGGGUGCAUGAUCUGCAUACAUGAUGCAAGCUUGACUAUUAUAUAAUAACUAGUCAUUGUAGUUAGUUAGGAGGUUUUGAAUCAGUUAUCCAAUUAUUAGUUAGUUGCUCAA